UGACCUGAGAUUCCUCGUCAUGGAAUUGCUACCUAACUCAACACUUGUCACUUCUCAGUCCCUAUAUGAAGUCAUCUGCGAGGGUUGCUUUCAUCAAUCACUCCGUAGAAGAAGAACAAAGCUCGAAAAUGGCAGGAAUUCGAAGAGUCAAAUUGGGUUCACAGGGUUUAGAGGUAUCAGCUCAAGGUUUGGGUUGUAUGGGCAUGUCCGCUUUCUAUGGAGCCCCAAAACCUGAACCUGACAUGAUCAAUCUCAUCCACCACGCCAUUAACGCCGGCGUUACCUUCCUCGACACCUCCGACAUCUACGGCCCUAAAACCAAUGAAAUCCUUCUCGGCAAGGCUUUGCAGGGAGGAAUUAAGGAGAAAGUGGAGUUGGCUACCAAAUUUGGGAUCAGAGAAGUGAAUGGAGCGAGGGGGUACUGCGGAGAUCCGGAGUAUGUAAGAGCUGCUUGUGAAGGUAGCUUGGAGCGACUUGGCGUCGAUUGUAUCGAUCUGUAUUUUCAACACAGGAUUGACACUCGUUUGCCAAUCGAAAUCACAAUGGGAGCACUAAAAGAGCUGGUGGAAGAAGGAAAGAUCAAAUACGUUGGAUUAUCAGAAGCAUCAUCAUCAACCAUCAGAAGAGCCCACGCUGUGCAUCCAUUAACAGCCAUACAACUGGAAUGGUCGUUGUGGUCAAGAGAUGUUGAAGAAGAUAUCAUUCCUACUUGCAGAGAACUUGGGAUUGGGAUUGUUGUAUACAGUCCUCUUGGACGUGGGUUCUUCACAUCUGGCCCAAAGAUGGUCGAGAAGUUGGAAGAUGGUGACUUUCGUAAGUAUCUGCCGAGGUUCCAAGCUGAAAAUAUUGAGCACAACACGAGAAUGUUCGAGAGGGUGAAUGAGAUGGCAGCUAAGAAGGGGUGCACCCCAUCACAGCUAGCAUUGGCUUGGGUUCACCACCAGGGAAAUGAUGUGGUGCCAAUUCCAGGAACUACAAAGAUUGAGAAUCUUGAACAGAACAUUGGAGCUUUAUCUCUAAAGCUAACACCAGAAGACAUGGCUGAACUUGAAGCUAUUGCUUCAGCUGAUUCAGUGAAGGGGGAGAGAUAUGGUGCUGGAAUUGGAACAUAUAAGGAUUCCGAGACUCCUCCAUUGUCAUCUUGGAAAGCUUGAUCAAUGGUGUGAAUCUGUAGGAGUGUUUUGUUUCAAAUGUGGUUGUAAAAUAAUAAAUGAAGAUGAUUUCGUGUUUUGGGUUUAUGAUUGAGCAGGUAUCAUGUAAAUAGUUCUGUAAUAGAAAGUUAGUUAAUGUAAGAUGGUUUAUGACUAUUUCUUUUAAUCUUUUUUUUAAUUGAAUAAAAUUUAAUUUGAUAAAAUAUAAUUAUAUAAAAUUAAUAAAAGAGAUGUACUUCGUUAAUUAAAAAAAAUACAUAUUAAAUUAAAAACA